AUGAACUUUGCUCAAGAGACAAAAGGCUACGGUUUCGGCGUCGCUACUCCAGAAGGAUGUGAUAACCUUCAAUUUGACGUGGGAGUUAAACUCGGCAAAAAAUUCGAAUGCACAGACGAUGACGGCGCGGUGUUCAACCAUUAUAUCCUUCCGGGGAACAAGCGGCGUUUGGGUAUCGGCAAUGAAGCACUCUUCAACGCAAGGUCAGACGGGACCCCCGUCGUUAUCAAAGCACCGAAUUUAUCGGCUUUGGGGCAUGAUUUGAAUUCGGGGGACUGGACCGGUCAAUUACAAUUGUCGUUCUCGCCGAAGCCGUUAAUUGUGACGGGCUGCGGCGGACUAAAAUCCGUGGAGAAUAUCUGGGACGACGAGACGGAUACUAUUGUACACCACGAAGUGGUAGUUACACAUCAUGUCGACGAAUAUGGAUUUCGGCUCGACGUGGGGGUUGUUGUGAAGCAAGAAGACUUGCCAGCGGAUAUUGUUGAGUCUUUCAUACCAGGAUCUCGUGUUUCCUUUGCGGGGACACAUAUAGAGGGGUCCGGCGACGGUGGACUAAUCAAAGUCAAGGCGUGGUGA